UAUAUUUCUCUCUUUAAGUCUAUUAAUAUAACUUAGCUCUUUAUCAAAAUCUCUCUUCCUGGAUAACAAACAAGAAGAAUCAAGAAAUGGCGGAGUGGAUACCUGCAAUUGUAGCGACGGUGUUGUUCGUGGUUCUGACGCCGGGGUUGCUGUUUCAGGUUCCCGGCAACAAUAACUUUGUAGACUUUGGGAAAAUGGAGACGAGCGGAUACUCAAUCCUUCUUCACUCCUUCAUUUACUUCGGCCUCGUCACUGUCUUCACCGUCGUCAUUCACUUUCCUGGCACUUAAAUUCUACACUAUAUAUACGUACACAUGUUUCUUGUAAUUUUUUUUUAUCUAUGCUUUGAAUUUGUCUUUCAUAUUUUAUAUGUUCAUCUGUACUACUGUUGUGUACUUGGAUAAUGAUUUCUAAAGUAAUUCACAUAAGAUGAACCAAAAACAAGAACGAAAACUAGUAUUGUAAAGUUUAUUGAAAUUUGUAAUGAAUAAGAUACAUGUUUUGAAAAAAAAUUCCAAUGUAAUAGUGGAGAGUUGACCAA